AUGGCGAGAGCAGAGCUGGCGCUGCAGACACUCUUCUAUCUUUACCCAGUCCUCCUCACACUUACCUUGAUUGGAGCGCAAUGCCUCUUGUUCUUCCGCAAUCGGCGUCGGGAGGCGGCGCGCAUCGCGAAUCCCAGCCCAUCCGACCAUGAGCCAAAGCGACCGGAGCGCACUCGACGGAUAUGUGCCUGGCUGAUAUGGAGCCUCCAGCUUGUGCUGUCUGCCUUGUUGAUUGCCAGCACCUCUCUGGCGGCAAAAGAGGCGCUCGCUGACCAUGGCGAGGCUCCCGGUACGACUGCGUUUCCCUUCAGCGCAUAUCUGGCCUCCUACGUCGCCGUUCUGCUUUACUUCCUGGCCGGAUUGCUUCCUGAUCCUCAGGGGCCCUGGAACCCAACUGCUGCGCAUGGCUCGGCCUGGAUCACUGGCGCCCUGAUGGAGGUCGUUGUUGCUGCUGUCCUGUCUUCUACACAGACUUCUUUGGCUGUUUCCAAGACGUUUAUCGAUGCAUUAAAUGCUCUAGGGGUGUCCAGAGGCGCCAUCUUUGUCCUCAUGGCGGCAGUUCUCAUCUUCAGAGAAUGUCAGCUGAGACCGUCAGUGCCGAAAUCUCUGCCCGAGGAACGCCAGUCCCUGCUGGAGAAUGGCAACGGAUCGUCCGGCAAUUAUGCCACGGUCCCAGAUUCCAAGCCAGCAUCAGACGCGGCCAAAACGCCACAGACGGCGAAUAUGAGUUGGCUCACUUACGUGGCCAGUUUCCGAGUCCUGUUUCCGUAUCUCUGGCCGAAGGACUCCGUACUCUACCAGGCUGUUGUUGUUGUGUGUGUUGUUCUGUUGAUAUGCCAGCGCAUUGUCAACGUCCUGGCUCCAUUGCAGUUAGGAAACCUUGUCGACGCCCUCGGCAAAGGCGGCAUACCGUACAAGGACAUUAUCCUUUUCGUCGCUUACCGCUAUCUGCAGGGAAACCAAGGAGCCAUCGGGGCCCUGCGGUCCGUCCUCUGGAUUCCUGUGUCCCAGUCUCUCUUUCGUCGACUAUCAACGGCGGCCUUUGAACACGUACUUGGCUUGUCCUUGGAGUUCCACCUGAACAAAAAGGUCGGCGAGGUCACCAGCGCGCUCAGUCGCGGCGCGGCCACCAACACUUUUCUCGAGGUUUUUUGCUUUCAGGUGUUCCCCAUGAUCUUUGACAUCUUUUUCGCAGGCGUCGUCUUUUUUGUCAAAUACGACGCCUUUUACACAGUCAUUGUCUUCUUCAUCAUGUGGUCUUACAUCUUUCUCACCCUGUACCUAGUCAAAUAUCGUGCCAGGCAAAGGCGAGAUAUGACCACCAAGACGCGCGAAAUGGAAGCCAUCAGGACCGACGCCAUUAUCGCCUACGAGACAGUGCAGCAUAACUGCGCCAUCCCUCGCGAAACGCAAAGAUUCAAGGACCAUGUGCUCGUUUUCCAACGGGCCGAGCGCUUGGUGCAGUGGUCGCUCAACGGUCUCAACAUCGUCCAGAGUUCCAUAUUCACCCUCGGCACCGCGCUUCUGGUCGCCGUGUCGGCAUACAAAAUCUCCAUUGGCGAGCAGACGGUCGGUGAAUUUGUCAGCUUGAUCAACUAUUUCGUCCAGCUUCAGGGCCCUCUCAACUUCUUUGGCACCUACUACACCAUGCUUCAAAACAAUCUCAUCGAGGCCGAGCGGCUCCUUGACCUGUUCAAAGAAACGUCGGGCAUUGUGGAAAAGCCAGACGCCGUCGCCCUACCUGCCGCACGAGGAGAAGUUGCCUUUAAGAAUGUCAAGUUUGCGUAUCCAGUGAAGAAGGGUGAGCCUGUUCUCGAUGGUAUCAGCUUUACCGUUGCCCCGGGUACCAAGACGGCCCUUGUCGGGGCAUCUGGCGGCGGCAAAUCAACCUGCUUGAAACUUCUAUUCCGUUUUUACGACGUCACCGGCGGCGCCAUCACCGUUGACGGCCACGAUCUGCGGGAUCUCAAGACCGACUCUCUCCGCAGAAACAUUGGCGUUGUGCCGCAGGAUACGGUGCUGUUUAACGCGACAAUCAUGUACAACUUACUGUACGCCUCUCCAAAUGCCACCGAGGCCGAUGUCCACGAAGCAUGCAAGGCCGCCAAUAUUCACGAUAGCAUCCUCAAUUUCCCGGACGGAUACGAAACCAAGGUUGGAGAGCGCGGUCUCAAAUUGUCCGGCGGGGAACGCCAGCGGAUUGCCAUUGCACGUGCGAUUCUCAAAGAUGCGCCUAUAUUGCUCCUAGACGAGGCCACUGCGUCGCUGGACUCCAAUACCGAGAGAGAGAUCCAGGAUGCCCUCGACCGCGUCACGUCUGGGCGAACCACAAUCACCAUUGCACAUCGCCUUUCUACCAUCACCAAUUCUGACGAGAUUGUUGUUCUGGACAAGGGCAAGGUCGUCGAGCGCGGCACUCAUGAGGAGUUACUGGCGCUCCGAGGAAAGUACCACGUCAUGUGGGAGAAGCAGACGACGAUUGAGACGAGAGAGAAGGAGAAGAUGGAGGAGCAGGGCGAGGCGUCUGAAGCGGGGUCCCACGAAUGA